AUGUCGAAUGCGGUGCCAGAUCCAGAUGACGUGAUGGAGGCCGAUUAUCAGAACCAUGUGGCCGAUGAGCCUCUAGAUGACUUUGAUAUCGAUGUGGGCAACGCAAAUUUGGAGGAAGAACUGCAGAUCGAGAAGACCUUUCAAAACAGAGAAGGCACUCCGGUUCCUGAAGAUACGGCACCGGCUAAUCAGAAUGGUGACAUGGAUGUUACACAAGUUUCGGCACCUAAACCGUGUCCUUCUGUGGUUGUUAACAAUCCGACAGCUGUGGAUGUCGAGUCUAUUUGUCAAUCAUAUAAGGGACACUCACUGCUCAUCAGGUUGCAGUUUAUAGCAGAUCAUUGUCCUCCUCUAAAAAGAGAUGCAACUAUUGGUAUGAUCAAUGAGCUUCACAGGAGCUCUUUCAACGUGGCGCGUUAUUCGGAGUUGAUGACAAGCCUUGAAACGAUGGAGAAACAGCCAGAUGAUCAGAAUCAUUUGGAAACACCAGUGUUAGACCAAGCAUGGAUUGACCAAACCACUGUUAAGUCAUCGGUUCAAUUGGACUUUCUGCUUGCUGAAUAUAAGAAGCAAAAAGACGAAGGUGUCAAGGAGUCUACACGUCGCGCAAUGGACGAACUUUUCAACUACUAUAUUACCGCAGGCGAUAUAACCGAAGCUCUGCACCUCUACAGUCGUGGGAUGCGAGAGUACUGCAGCCAGUUCAAACAUAUUAUCCAGAUGUGGACGAAUUGGAUGGAAGCGUCGAUAUGGGUUGGUGAAUGGCAGCGGGUGGAUACAAUUGCCGCUCAGGCUGAGCGUAGUAUAAAAGAAGCUGAGGAAGCAGAAACGCAAGCCAAUUCGACGGCAGCCUCUCGCACGCGACCAGUAAUAUUUGGCGUAUCCUCUACUGCUGCUCGACCUUCCGGUGCCCCAAAGUGUGCUCGCUCAUUGAUAAAUACGGGAAAGGCUCGACUGGAUGCAGCAUGCGGUUUGUCGAAACUUCAAUCUGGUCGUUAUAAGCAAGCAGCUGAUCGCCUACUUAAAGUGGACCUGGAUGCUCUGGAUUUGCCGUGGCUGUUUUCCGCGUCCGACAUGGCCAUGUAUUGCACACUGUGCGUCAUUGCCAGCUACGAUAGGACAGAAUUGAAAAAGAAAGUCAUUAGUGAUGCCAACUGCCGUAAAUUCUUGGAAUCAGAACCCAAAUUAGUUGAACUUUUGCACUGCAUAGUGAAAAGCCAAUUCGGUCGAGCUUUGGAUAUUAUGAGGGACAUGAAGGACAGGUUCCUGCUGGAUCCCUACCUGAGCGCCCAUGUUGAGCCAUUGUAUGCUGUUAUACGAGAACGAGCUCUGCUGCAGUACCUCGAGCCGUUUGCAUCUGCUGAUCUUAAUGCUAUGGCUAACGUAUUUAGGACGGAUCUGCGGGGUUUGGAGAGUGAAUUAGUGACGCUUUGUGAACGUGGACAGCUAUCAGCUCGAAUUGAUGCCGUUGGAGCAACCAUUCGCAUGAUUCGUACGAAUGAACGCGAGGAGAACUACAAGAAAAUUAUUGAUGGGUGUGAUGACAUGAUCGAACGUUGUGAAGCGGCCAUCCUACGGGCUGUCAUGCAACAGGCAUGUAUUUGUAUAAGUUCUGAAGGCAGGGCCAAGCGAAAAACAGUGAGUCAUGCUGAUGAAGCCAGCGAUACUUCAAAUACCCCUACCCGUCAGAAGGUAUCCGUCCAGAAUAUGAUGCGUGUGCUAAGAGGACGAGUGGUACCUCCACUGCCACAAGGAGCGUCCUCUCCUGCCACUGCCCAUCACCCUCCAGCAACCGUAGCACCCGCGCCUCCGGUCCCGACAUCGGCUAACAAUGUGUCUGUUGCUCCAACAUCAGAAAACCCAUCACCCUCCGCUGCUUCUACGCAACAGCUUCCGAAUCCAUCUGAAGCUGACAGUUCAGAGGGCAGUGAGGAUCCAAAGGAGCCAGACAUGAGUUAG